AUGAUCAUUUACAAGGAUAUCCUUACCGGUGACGAGAUCAUCUCCGACUCGUACGACCUCAAGGAGGUUGACGGUGCUGUCUAUGAGGUUGACUGCAAGAAGAUCGUCAAGGGUGCUGAGUCUUUCGACAUUGGUGCCAACCCCUCUGCCGAGGAGGGUGGUGAUGAUGUUGAUGACCAGGCCCAGACCGUCAUCGACGUUGUCGACGCUUUCCGUCUUCAGCCUGCUGAGUUCAUGGCCGACAAGAAGUCCUACCUCAGCGCUCUCAAGGGCUACAUGAAGAAGGUCAAGACGGCCCUUUCUGAGAAGGGCGCCAGCGAAGAGACCAUCAAGGAGUUCGAGACCAAGGCCUCUGGCUAUGCCAAGAAGAUCCUUGGCAAGUUCAAGGACUACGAGUUCUAUAUGGGCGAGUCCAUGGACCCCGAUGGAAUGAUCGUCCUCCUUGACUACCGUGAGGACGGUAUGACCCCCUACAUUACCGUUUGGAAGCACGGUCUGGAGGAGAUGAAGGUCUAA